AGUUACCUAACUCCUCUGGCUGCAGGGUGUUGAACUCUUUGUAGUUUCUGGAACCAUGGCUUUCCCGGCAGAUUUGGUUGGGGGGCUGACCGCAGCCUAUCAGGUGGAAGGAGGCUGGGAUGCAGAUGGAAGAGGCCCUUGUGUCUGGGACACAUUCACCCAUCAGGGAGGAGAGAGAGUUUUCAAGAACCAGACUGGUGAUGUAGCUUGUGGCAGCUAUACUCUGUGGGAGGAAGAUUUGAAAUGUAUCAAACAGCUUGGAUUGACUCAUUACCGCUUUUCUAUUUCCUGGUCACGUCUGUUACCUGAUGGGACGACAGGUUUCAUCAACCAGAAAGGAGUUGACUAUUACAACAAGAUCAUUGAUGAUUUGUUAACAAAUGGGGUUACACCUGUGGUGACACUCUACCACUUUGAUUUGCCUCAGGCUUUAGAAGACCAAGGUGGAUGGUUGUCAGAGGCAAUCAUUGAAGUCUUUGACAAAUAUGCCCAGUUUUGCUUCAGCACCUUUGGGAAUCGAGUCCGGCAGUGGAUCACCAUAAAUGAGCCCAAUGUUCUUUGUGCUAUGGGAUAUGAUCUGGGUUUCUUUGCUCCUGGUGUUUCUCAAAUUGGGACCGGAGGUUACCAAGCGGCUCAUAAUAUGAUUAAGGCUCAUGCCAGAGCCUGGCACAGUUACGAUUCCUUAUUCCGGGAAAAGCAGAAGGGUAUGGUGUCCCUAUCACUUUUUUGUAUCUGGCCGCAACCAGAAAAUCCCAACUCAGUGCUGGACCAGAAAGCUGCUGAAAGAGCGAUCAACUUUCAAUUUGAUUUCUUUGCUAAACCUAUAUUCAUUGAUGGCGAUUAUCCUGAACUUGUCAAGUCCCAGAUUGCCUCCAUGAGUGAAAAGCAAGGCUAUCCAUCAUCGAGGCUUUCCAAAUUCACAGAAGAAGAGAAGAAAAUGAUCAAAGGCACUGCUGAUUUCUUUGCUGUGCAAUAUUACACGACUCGCUUCAUCAGGCACAAGGAGAAUAAGGAAGCAGAACUUGGCAUUCUUCAGGAUGCAGAGAUUGAGCUUUUCUCUGAUCCUUCUUGGAAAGGGGUAGGGUGGGUCCGCGUGGUGCCAUGGGGAAUACGUAAACUGCUGAACUAUAUUAAGGACACGUAUAAUAACCCUGUAAUUUACAUCACUGAGAAUGGAUUUCCCCAGGAUGACCCGCCAUCUAUUGAUGACACCCAGCGUUGGGAAUGUUUCAGACAGACAUUUGAGGAACUAUUCAAAGCUAUCCAUGUUGAUAAAGUUAAUCUUCAGCUAUAUUGUGCGUGGUCUCUUCUGGAUAACUUUGAAUGGAAUGACGGAUACAGCAAACGGUUUGGUCUCUUUCAUGUUGAUUUUGAAGAUCCAGCUAAACCUCGAGUCCCUUAUACUUCAGCCAAGGAGUAUGCCAAGAUCAUCCGAAACAAUGGACUGGAGAGACCUCAGUAGAGAAGGUCCCCAAUAAAUGUCCCCCAGAGAAGGAAUUCUGCUUUGGGAAAAGAAAUCUACUUCAGUGAUGAUCUCUCAGAUGAUUUCAAGUUGCCUCUCUUCUAGUUGAUAUGUAAUCAGGAAAUCUGUCUAGGAAUGCAUUUAAAAUAGCCUCUAACUUUUUUGUAUUUUAAUCAAAAUACAAAAUGAAAAUAAAAAAAUCAGA